AUGGGCGAGAUAGUGCCCGUGCAAGCGCUCCUACUGGGGAUAUUGGCGUUGUGUCUCGUCAGACAGUUGCCAUGCGCGGCGGCGGAUAUGCCUUGCGUCCUCGAUGAACGGGGCAUGGGAAGCUAUCGGUUCCCAGAGCUGCCCCAGCUCAAGGGUUGGGUGGCUUCCCAAGAAACACAGAUUGUGGCCAUUGAUGACCAUCGAGCCGGCUUGGCCGUGGUUCAGCGUCAUCCUGUGACAGCGACCUGUCCAAAGGGCCGGGCCACUGUCACACAAUACGUGUGUGACAGAGCGCUCACUGGAGUGCAGCCCCGCGGCGCCGAGGGCUGGCUACAGUCCAGCGCCACGAAACGCAGGCUGCCUGUCGCGCCGAAUGGAGCAAAAUGCCAUGCGCCACGAACCAAGUCCCCGUUCCUACCCCUGAACAAGCCGCAUAUCAGCGUCAUGAGAUUAUGGGCCUCACACGCCUCCCUUUUUGACCCCACACGGCUAAACAUCUCCAAUUGGGUUGAAAACUACCGGGCUGUGGUGGCACGCAGUUCCUACCCAAGCUUUCAGCGCGACGUCAUUGCCGAAUUUAGCUCCACCUUGGGGGCAGCCGGCCUGGGAUAUGGCUAUUACUACAGCACUGGCAACAACUACUUUCUCAACCGAGAUGGCUUCAAGCGCAUUGGCAACCCCUUACCAGGCCAAGUAGAUUUAACUGACGAACAAUACAAUAUCCUGGUCUUUGAGCACGUCAAAGAGCUGUGGACGCGCUUUGGAUCGCUCUUUGAAAUCUGGUUUGAUCAUGGGGUCUCGGCGGAUCAGGAUCAGCAGCUAGCCGCAUUGCUCAAGCAGUAUCAGCCCCAAGUCGUGGGCUUCAACGGACAGGGGAUCAUGACCAGCCCCAUCAAGUGUGUGGGCACGGAAAGCGGCUUGGCUGGUUAUCCCACUUGGGCGACGGGCUGCUCUGUUGUCCAAGGCGAUCCAACUGCCAACGACUACUGUCCCGUUGGGGGUGACACCUACGUGUAUCACAUGACGGUUGGCAACAAUCAGGUGCUUGAGCUGGACUUUGCGAUCGACGACACGGGCAAUCUGAAGCUGGACGACUCUCCAUUAUCUCUUGACAUCUGGGCCCGAGCAACGGGGCCAUUGAUGGAGCAAAUGAAGCAAAUGCAGCUCCAAAGCACAAGCGAGGAAGAACAUCGCCACAUCCAAGCUCAGAUCCAAGCUCUCAUUGAGCUUGAGCAGCAGAAGCUGGCCGUCGAGGAGCGCAAGCUUGAGCAGCAGAGGCUGGCCGAGGAGCGCAAGCUUGAGCAGCAGAGGCUGGCCGAGGAGCGCAAGCUAGCAGCCGCAGCCGAGGAAAAAGCAGCAGCACAGCUCAAGCUCAAACGGAAAACAAGUCGCGACAAGAUUAAGGUCUUGAAGGGCAUGUUUGCCAACCUUGGGCUGCAAUACGAAAAGGCUUUAUGGAACAAGUUGAUGGCAAUGGAUGAUGAUGAUUUUGAAGCAUUUGUCGACGAAGUCGACAAUAUGCCCUCUGCCGAGAGGAUGAACGAAGUGUACCCCCUGGAAGGCUUCACAUGGACACUGCUACCACCGUCCGAGUCACGUGGCCAGAUGCCUUCAAAGGCGCCCUCACAAACCUUGUCUCUGACCGCUGCAAACGAACUCCUUGGCACCGUGGUCGCAGAGCUUCCCUGCAGCCACCACUACCUUGCAGCGAAAAUUGCCAAGCGCAUUGAUGAGCUUUGCGCGGAUGGCCAGUGGAAGAGCAGCGAGGCGCUAAUGGAAGGUCUUCGGUGGGCGGUCAAAGCUCAACGCGACUCCCAGAUGACUGAACUCCAGCAGGAGCCCAGCAUUUCUUCGCGAGUUUCCAUUGUGUUGCAGCGCUACUUUGGCCUGAAUGUUGUCCAUCAGUACGCCAUCGGUUCCUACGGCACCCACGUUGAUUGGGCGGGCUUUGACGACAACCAUCACGUUGUCGUCAUGGGCGAGUGCAAAAAGCAGGAGCAGCCGUUCCAAGAAUAUGGGGGCCAGGUUGCCAACGAGCUCUUGCGACUGGGGGCCAUUCCAACGUUGUAUGAGAGCAACAGCGACAUAUCGCUGACUCGGCGGAAGGACAUUUUGUGGCCCAUCAUCAACAUCAACGUGGUGGGAGACAAUGUCAGCGCCUACCUGGCUUUGCAAGUGAUUGAUGUUCGAUGGGAGCAGUUUGAGGGUUGCCUGGCAGAGAUUCUGCCAUUGCUCGAGAUUGACAGUUCGAACGCGAAGCCGAGGACAUCGGGGCUGUUCUUUUUGCGCCUCGGUGCCGCAAAUUUUAAAGAAGAUUCGCGGCAGAAGGAGCACGAUGGCUUUGCCUUGGCACGUGUCAUGGAGAAGUUUUUGCAGGAUGACGAGGCUCGUCAGCAGCUGGUGGCUGCGUUGGAAGAGCUGCAGCUGGAUGACGCUGCCACGCUGUGUCAGCAGUGCUCGCUUUUGCCGCUAGACAAUGUUGCUGGGCUUGGCAAGGCCACGGGCAGUCCUCGGCGUUAA